AUGGCAGGCUGCGGCACUCCACCGCGCAAAGUGGUUGUGGCUCUCUCGAGUCGUGUCCCGAGCUGUGCCGAGUUGUCCAUUCCGGACCGGCCGCCGGACAAGAUGACGAGCACACUCUCACUGGCCAACCUGCAGGGUGCAGCCAACAACCAAGCUGGGAAUAGCAACAACACCAAUCCUAUCAUCGACCGGAGACGAUUCGUUGGCCCUGAGACUUCCGCCCCAUUCCCCGACUUCCCAACAUCAUCAAGCACAUCAACUCACUCGACAACAAACACCGGUCGAGCUGAUGGCCGCAUCCACAGCGAUAGUCGGCCGAUAUGUAUUAAAGUUGGCGUGAUUUCUCAAGCAAACGGCAGCUGCUACAUCGACAUCUGGAAACUCGAAAGUCAUCUGUGCUGUGUAUGGUCCCAAGCCUCGAUCAUCCUUGUCGAACUCUUCAUCUCUGUCGCCUCUUGUGAUCAGUUUGAGAUUCGCGCCAUUCUGUAUGGCCGGCGGUCGCAUGGCACCUACUGCUUUGGGGGGUGUCGAAACAACGGUAUCUCAAUUGACCCAGCAAGCACUGAUGCCUUCACUCCUACCGAUGAGCGACUCGUCCAUCGUCGAGGUCCACAUCACCGUACUCGAAUGGGACAGCCCUCUUAGUCCAGGUCCAUGUGUCCUAGCUUCGAGCAUCGCUCUAGCCUCAGCUGGGAUCCCGACUGUUGGCCUCGUGAUCCCCAGCACGCUCGCCCUCUCUAAAGAGCUCUACCUGGAUCCGACCGCAACAGAAGCUGAGUCGGCGUCGGCGAUCUUCGAUCUUGCUUCCAUCCCUGCCAUGGGCACCGUGACCCAUGUCGGUUUCCGGUCGACUACUGAUUGGAAAUCUGCUCCCAUUGGAAACGAUACCUUUGAUCGAUGUCUCGACUUGUGUAAAUCUAAUGCUGAACUGAUUCAUGGUCUUGCAGCUGCGGCACUUAAGGAUCAUCUCUCCACUUGAUAAUAAUUAACCACUGUUGACCACCUCGUUCUCCUUCCAUUGCGCUUGUGGGAUUCACUCACUCGUCCUCUCUUGACCUGAGUGGCUGCUCCCGAUUUGUUUCGAGCAAUUCACCCGACUUUUCUCAUGGAGUAAACCGGCCAGAGUACUACUCGCCCUAAGUUAGACCUUUCUGACCCUCCCCUUCGUCCCAUACUACUACUUUCAAAUCGCUAUGUGUAUUAGGAGACCACCUUAUCUUCAUACUUCUAUCAACCCAAGGAUC